UCAAUAGACCCGGGUGCUUGUAUUUCGAUUCAGGAAAGAUGGCGGUUAUUAAAGAGGAGACUGAGGGCAUUAUUACAGAACCUGGACCAUACCAAAUAAAGACUGAAGAUGCUCACGAAGAAAAAGACCUAAAAUUGGAUGUUGACAAACUUGCUGAUGUGGAGGAACAUCGACAUCAGAAUCCUCAGAAUUUGAUAACAGGAGAGAAAACUGUCAAUUGCUUACAGAGUGAAAAUAAUGUUUUGCCAAAAAGGAUCAGAAAACCAGGAUCCAAAACCUGCCAUUACUGCAAUAAAAGUUUCAGAUAUAAUGUGUGUCUUUCUCGCCAUUUGAGAAGUCACACAGGAGAGACUCCUUUCUCUUGUCAGCAAUGUGGUAAGAGAUUUACUCAAAAAGGAAACCUUUAUAGUCAUAUGAGAAUUCACACAGGAGAGACUCCUUUCACCUGCGAACUAUGUGGAAGGGGUUUCACUCAAAAAGACAGCCUGACAAGACAUAUGAGAACGCAUACUGGAGAAAACCCAUUCACCUGCCAUCACUGUGGAAAGAGUUUCUCACAAAAACCGACGCUCACAAGUCACCUGCGAAUUCACACCGGAGAGAAACCUUUCACCUGCCAUCACUGUAAAAAGAGUUUUAGACAGAAAUUAACACUUACGAAUCACUUAAGAAUCCACACUAGAGAAAAAUGCUUUAUAUGUCAUAAAUGCGGGACAAAUUUCAGAAGCAUAGAAGAGCUUAAUAGACACAAAACAAUCCACAUCAGAGAGCAGCCUUUCACCUGCACCCUGUGCAAAAACACCUUCAGUUCAGAUAGAAACUUUGAGCGUCACAUGAUGUUUCACACCGAGGAGAAACCUUUCACGUGCCCUCAAUGUGGAGAAGGUUUCACAACUAAAGGAAGCUUCGUGAUUCACGUAAGAUUUCACAAUGGAGAGAAGCGUUUUACAUGCCCUGCGUGUGGAAAAAAAUUUGCCCAUCAAGGGAACUUUAAGAAUCACAUAAGAUGUCACACCGGAGAAAAGCCUUUCGUUUGUCUUCAGUGUCCGGAGAGUUUUUCCUAUCUAAAAGAUCUGAGGACUCAUUUAAAAAAUCACGAUGAAGAAGAAGGAUUACAGUGUCUUGAAUGUGGAAAGAUGUAUGUAAAGAUGAAGAAUUUCACCAAACAUCAGCUGAUUCACUCUAAAGAAACUGAGAAACUGUUAAAUUGUGAUAAAUGUUCGAGAAGAUUUGGCUCACGCUCACAACUAACAACACACCUGGAAAGUCACGCAGAUGAAGUGAAACCCUACGUAUGUGUUUUGUGUGGAAAGACAAAUGGCUCAAAAAUUUUGAAGGUCACCAGAAUAGACAUGCCAGUGAUGCAUCUAGUAUAGCAAGCUACAAAAAACAACAUCAGCACAUUUCUAAGGGUUCAGAAUUGGAGUCAGAGGUUCAAAGUCAUCCUGCUUCAGAAAUCCUAAAAACAUACGAGAGUGGAGAGAAGACAUACAAUUGCUCUUCAUGUGGGAUGAACUUCAGCACAUCGAUUUUUCUGUUAGCUCAUAAAAAAAGACAUUGUACAAAGUAGUCAAGAUGACACAUCUGAUGUCUGUCUUUAUUCAACAGUGAUAAUAAAGAAGGUCUGAAGAACAGUCCAGUGCUGAUGGUAAAUACCACACCAUCUUGAUGUGUGUUUUUUUUGUAUUUGGUCAGAAACUGAUAAAUGUAUUACUCUAA